UCCAAAAUGAGAACUACAUCGAUACUCCGUCAAGCCACAUUCGGGCUGCUGCUCUGCCACGUCUGCCAGGAAGCUGCCGCCGCCAACGCUGUGGUCCGAUUCAUCGAAGAAAUACCCCGCAACGUUCUGAUAAUUAUCGGAGCUAUCGUAUUGUCCACCGUCUGGCUGGGCUGCACCUACUUCAUAACCAGCAGGCACCAGAAGGCACUGCAGUACUUGCAGCGGCAGCUCGACGAGCUCUGGCUGGUGCAGGCGAAGCCAUCGGUCUGGCCACACACCCCUUUCAUCCCGAAUCCCAGGGACAAGGACGACAAUCCGCCGGAGUAUAUUCCCCCAAAGAACCCACAGGAGAAUGCUGAGGGGAAGCUGGAUAGCUCUCUAUAAAUAGAUCUGAGUAUAUCCUCUUUUCAUCAAGUUUCACCCGAAUACAGAAUGCAGUACAAUAUUCUUAAGGCCAAAUCUUUUAUGUUAACAAAUUUUCAAUACAUCGACAUUAAA